AUGUCUCGUAUCAUUAAGUUUUGUCUGCUUCCCCUUGUUGCGUCGUGGCUUGCAGUUGCAGCACCAAGCCAGCCCGCGGCCCAACAGCCAUUGAUCGUAGAUCACCAACAGCAUUCUUUGUCUACACAGCGGUCGAGGCUCAUUAAGCAAAAUGCUAGUAUCUGUGAUGCCGGGUCUGCUCAUUGGACGGGCAGCGUGCCUGUUGGAGACAAUAGAGCCAUGUUUUUCUGGUACUUCAAGAGCCGAGCUGACCCAGAGACGGCGCCAUUGAUCAUUUGGCUGAAUGGGGGUCCUGGAGCAUCGUCCCUGCUCGGCGCCUUCCAUGAGCUGGUCGGCCCUUGUACUGUCAACGACGAUGGCCAAGGGACGACUCGUAAUGAACUUAGUUGGACUAACUUUGCGAAUGUCCUGUUUAUAGACCAACCCGUUGGCGUUGGAUUUUCUGCAACCGAUGAUUCCGACCUCUGGGCUGCGAGUCUGACUGAAGGAGGGGUCGAUUUCGACCAUUUCCUCGAGACGUUUUUGACCGAAUUCUUCCCGCAGCUACAAGACCGGGAAAUUCACCUAGCGGGUGAGUCAUUUGGUGGUCGCUACUGUCCGGUAUAUGCCUCUAUGAUAAAGAGGAAGUUGACCUCCGUCAUGCUCUUUAAUGCGCUCGUGGAUGAGCGUUGGGGGUCUCUGGGCGCCUACCGUCAUCUCUGCCGCUCUAAAACCAUAUCGAAUCCUCUCAAUGGCACAGCCUGCGCUGAGAUGGAGGCUGCGUACCCAGUAUGCUACAAGUUUGGGCAGCUCUGCAGCUCAACAUACGAUGCAGACAUUUGCAGCGAGGCGUCAAAGAGGUGUGCAGCUGUCUGGGAACCCUUCUAUCGUGAGGUGGUGCGCGGUGGCCGUAACCCUUACGAUGACAGGGCCAAAUGCACAACGCCGCCCAUGUGUGGCCAUCUAGGAAUGGAACAAGUCGAAAAGUACAUGAACUCUGAAAACCUGCAAAGAGCGCUUGGCUUCGAGAGAGCGGUUAACUAUAGCGUGGUGAACAUGGAUCUUAACAUGGAGUGGGCGACUCACCCUGAUGUGGUGAUCCCAUCCACACGCGAGCUGUCGAAUAUUCUCGACGACAAGGCCACACCUAUACUGGUUGUUAACGGAAACAACGAUGUCAUUGUGUAA